AACACGAAGGGUUUGAAAAGAUUCGAUGAAUUCUUCUUCAAACUUCGAUAUAAUUGUAUAAGAUCUGUAACUGAGCUUACAGUACCCUCSAGGUUUCUCGCAGUUAUCUUUGCAUGUAAUUCUGAACAUUUUUAGGGGAAAAUUACGUUUAUUUUCUUGGCAAGCUGUUUCAAAGUUGAUAAACAAACUCGUUGCGAAGGGCAAAAGGCCAAACAAAGAACAAAUAUUUCUUGUCAAAUACAGCGUUUUACUUGGUUGAAUGAGCAGUCAGUUUCUAGCUAACAAGGCUAUUUGCAAUGUUGUUAUGCAGCCAUGAAUAUAGAAGGAUUUGACAAGAAGAUUAUUGGCGGKAAACUUGUAACUAUUCCGAUCCAUAGAAAGGAUGGUGGACCAACWAAACAGUUAUCCACCUAUCCAACUUCAUGGGCAGGUUUUGAGCAAAMUCACAAAAUWGGAAGCAAAUACUCAAUAAUUCCUCCUAUCAAAGAUCAGAGUCAAGACGUUCUUGCGAGACAAAUCUCACGGCUUCAAAUCAGCAAGACAAAGCUGGAAAAUUCACAAAGACAGUUAAAGCAGUUAGAUGAUAUCGGAAAUGGUGUGGUCACCCCAGAAGAACUUGACAAGGUGUUUCAUUUAAAUGGUAUCUUGAUCAUUGGUUCCACCUUUAAUUCAUUGGUGGAGAGAUUUCAGAAAGAAGAAGGUAUCGAUUAUGAGGAAUUGUGCAAGUUUUUAGCAGAAUGUCAGGAUGUCAGCACCAGCUAUUCUACAUACAAAAGUAAAUUAAAUGGUCAUGUCCUGCAGCCCAGACUGACAUCAAACAUCUAUCGUGAUGGUUCACUUGAAGAAAUGAAAUCACUGGAAAUUGAGCUGGAAAAACAGUUGGCAGCACAACCACCAGAUUUGAAGGAAUUCAGACAAACUUGUGAGAAGCUUUGGAAAAAUGAGACUAUUCCAUUUGAAGAGAUGAAGCAAUUGUGCCAGCGCCACAAGCUGAAAUUAACUAGAUCUUUGUUGGAGAGACUGCUGACCCACUAUGCUCCUCAAGGAUAUGUUAAUUGGCAUGAUUUCUUGAGUAUGAUUGACAAAUGUAUGCCAAAAGAUGGAGGGCGUGGCUCUGUUGAGAGUAGAUAUCACCAACAACCAACUAAGAAACAGAACAGUCACAUUAAUACAUCAAGUAUACAGACACAGACAAAUAAUGUUAAACAGAAAAUUUCUCCAAACAAAUCCAAUCGAUGGCCUAAAUCAGGACCAGAUCCAGUGUAUGUCCRUGUGGGUCGACAAAAGGUGUACGUGUAYCCCCCGGACGAGUACGUCGGUGUUGMCAUACCUACAGARCCACCAGACGAGAAUCUUAUAUUGGAGUGGGUAUAUGGCUAUCGUGGCAGAGACUGCCGUAAUAACCUGUCGGUACUAAGGUCUGGUGAGCUGAUCUACUUCAUUGCCGCUGUGGCUGUCAUACUGGACAGCAAAGAUAAAAAACAAAGACAUUAUACCGAACACACAGAUGAUAUUGAAAGCAUGGCUGUUCAUCCGGAUGGAGUCACCAUAGCAACAGGUCAGGUCGAAGGUCAUGACAAGGUCCAAGGCGAGGCCCAUAUUCGUGUCUGGAACUCUGAGACUCUGACUACAACCAUGGUCAUAGGCCUGGGGUUCUUUGAACGAGCCGUGAUAUCCCUUGAUUUUUGCUCACAGCCUGGUAUUGAUAGAGGUCGAUACUUGGUAGCCGUUGAUGAUGAUAAUUAUCACACCAUCAGUGUUUGGGAYUGGGAGAAAAACAAGAAGAUUACCAAUGUGAAGGGCAGCAUGGACACKGUUCUAAUGGCGCUGUUCUCUCCUUUCAACAACAAACAAAUUGUAUCGUGUGGCAAACAACAUGUCAGCUUUUGGACGAUGGAUGAUGAUAACAAGAUGAAAUGUGAUCGAGGAAGAUUUGAUCAUAACGUCAAACCCAAGUACAUCACGUGCCUAACGUUUUCCAAAGAAGGUGACGUCAUCACUGGUGAUUCAAAUGGGACGAUCUUUUUAUGGCCUGAAGAUAACAAUCAAAUAUCAAAUUCAGUGAAGAACGCACAUGACGGAUCAGUGUACUCGCUGUAUGUCUUAACAAGUGGAGUACUGUUGUCUGCUGGGGGRAGAGAUGGRGUGGUUAGAGCCUGGGAUCGAAGACUCUCUCCAAUGGGUGUGCAGAUGAAGUUUCCGCCGAGUGUGACGGGUAUUCGUACCUUGGUAACCGACCAAUAUGACAAUCUUUUUGCUGGUACUGUUAACAAURGUAUCUGGUGUACAAAGCUUGCUUCGGGUAAAUCACCUUUACUUGAUGUUAGUAUCCGGCUACGACCAAUAAUUGAGGGACACACGGAUGAACUUCGAGGACUGGCUGCUCAUCCCACUUCAGCGAAAUUUAUUACCGCCGGCCAUGACAAAACGAUAAAGAUGUGGAACGCGUUAGACAAAACUGCUGAAUGGUCGGCGAAACUUCCCGUCCACGCUCAAGCUGCAGAUUUCAGUCCAAAAGAAGACACAGUUGCUAUUGGCAACAAAGAUGGAAGUUUUGCUGUUAUACAAGCGUCAACAGGCRACCUUCUGGUUCAUAAAAAGUGCGCAAAGGAAAAAAUAUCAGAAAUCAAAUAUUCUCCUGAUGGAGUUUAUCUUGCUAUUGGAUCACAUGACAACAAUAUCUACGUUUUCAAACUUCUUAAUGGAGGRCAAAGUAUUGACCUGUUGGGCAAAUGUGAGGGACACUGUAGUUACGUCACACAUCUUGACUGGUCAGCUGACGGAACUCAAAUGCAAAGUACAUCAGGGGAUUAUGAACUGUUGUUUUGGGAUGUCCUUAAGUGCGACCGUAUUACGUCAACAGAAGACAUGCGCAAUACUAACUGGGACAGCCAAAACUGUGUUCUUGGGUUUCCUGUGCUAGGUAUUUGGCCCAAGGAGGCUGAUGGCACAGAUGUUAAUGCUGUGGACAGAACACACUCGAGACAUUUACUUGCAACAGCAGACGACUUUGGAGACGUCAACUUAUUCCGAUACCCUUGUGCAGGUGUGAAGGCUGUACCCAACGUUGCCAAGGGACACAGUGCUCAUGUGACGUGUGUUCGCUUUCUCCAUGACGACUCGCGGCUGAUAUCAGUUGGUGGGCGUGACGCCAGUAUCAUGCAAUGGAGAAUUUCAACGUAACACGUUUUACGCUAGUCAUCGAUAAUAUACCUCGAAACACAAAAACACAAAAAAUCAUACCUAUCUUAACACCCCGCUUAUUCAAACCAAUCGAUGUUUGCAGAUAAAGUGUUAAUACAGCUGAGCCUCACUAAUGCGAACGCAAGAUAGUGAAAGUGUUCGACAUAGAGACGUUCGGAUUACGCUGUUCUUUUUUUUAUGGAUGUAUCCGUAGAUGACUUUGUAAUACUCAAAUCUGUUUUUUUGUGAUUUCGGUCUCAUGAGUAAUUUCUGAAUUGCCCAUAUUAUACGCCUGACCGUGCUAUAGUGAAGCCAUUAAACAUGUGAAACAAACGCUAAUGUGUACAACAAUUUGCACUAUUUACAGCUAAAUAGUGAUUACUAAACAAUAGAAAAUAAAAGGAUUAGCAUAUUUUA